GAAGUGUUGGUCAUAUUCGAUAAACUGAAGAGAUUUAUGAUUGAGUCUAAUGAGCUGACUGGAGUUUGAGAUGGAUCAUGUUUUCUGGAUCGGUUCUCUCUCCUGGUUCUGGUUCGUGUUGACUGGACUCAUCACAGCAGAGGAAGAGGUGCUGAUGAACACAAAACUAGAAACAUCUGAUCUGAGAUGGACCAUCUACCCCAACACUGACCCUGAGUGGGACGAGGUGACGGGGCUGGAUGACGAGGGCAACAGCGUGCGCACGUUCCAGAUCUGCCCGCUGGAGAGUGUGUCGAGCCACUGGCUGCGCACGAGCUUCAUCCCGCGGCGCGGCGCGUCUCAGGUGUACGUGGAGCUGCGCUUCACCAUGAUGGAGUGCUCCUCCCUGCCCAACGCCUACAGGACCUGCAAGGAGACCUUCAACCUGUACCUGUACCAGAGCGACGAGGACACCGCCACACACACACACCCCGCCUGGAUGGAGAACCCCUACAGCAAGGUGGACACGGUGGCGGCGGACUUCCUGUUGCGUCGGGGCGGCGAGAGGAAGUCGAACGUGAAGACGGUGCGCGUGGGUCCGCUGGCGAAGAGGGGCUUCUACCUGAGCUUCCAGACCCAGGGCGCGUGCAUGGCCCUGCUGGCCGUCAGGGUGUUCCUCAAGAAGUGCCCCCCCGUCACACGGGCCUUCUCCUCCUUCCCAGAGACGCUCCCUCAUUCGCUGGUGCAGCAGGCCGGGGGCGUGUGCGUGGAGAACUCCGCCCCCCUGAGUGAAGCUCCGCCCACCAUGUUCUGCGGGGAGGAUGGGCAGUGGGUGGGGCCUCCGUCAUCAUCCUGUGCCUGUAGACCUGGACACGAGCCCGUGGACUCCGAUCGCUGCAGGGCGUGUGGAUCAGGCCAGUAUAAAGCAUCUGUUGGUGGGAGUGUGUGUCGCGUGUGUCCAGACAACAGUAACACACACUCCGCUGGAUCCAGUGUGUGUCUGUGUCGCGCAGGAUUCUACCGAGCAGCCAGUGACCUCCCAGAUUCAGCCUGCACCAAGCCGCCGUCGGCCCCGCGCAGCAUCAUCUCUCAGAUCAAUGACACCGUGGUGACCCUGGAGUGGGCGGAGCCUGUGGACCGGGGCGGGCGCUCGGACCUCAGCUACAGCGUGGAGUGUGUGUGCUGCCGCGGCGCGGUGUGUGUUGCCUGCGCAGACAGCGUCACCUACAGGCCGGGGCAGGUGGGUGUGACCGGGAGGCGUGUCAUCAUCCGCGGGCUCCUCCCACACACCUCCUACACCUUCACUGUCCUAUCCCUGAGCGGCGUGAGCGCUGUCAGUCACACAAGCCCCGCCUCCAGCAGCGUCAACAUCACCACCAGCAGAGACGUGGCCGUUCCAGUGUCCGGUGUCAGGAGGACUAAAGCGUCGGAGAGCAGUGUUUCUCUCAGCUGGACGGUUCCUUCGCAGAACCAGCACAACAUUCAGGAGUAUCAGCUGCGCUACAGUCUGAAGGGUCAGGAUGAUGGAUGGCAGUACGUCAGCAGUAAGAGUAGCUCAGCGGUUCUGAACGAUCUGGCCCGCGGGUCUCAGUAUCAGGUGCAGGUCCGAGCGAGAACUGUGGCGGGAUACGGUCACUUCAGCACCACUGCUACUAUCAGCACGCUUCCUGACGAGGAAGAGUCUCCGUCGCGGCUGAUGCUCACUGGAGUGCUGGUUGCUAUCGGACUGCUCAUUCUCAUCGCCGUGGUGAUUGUUGCCGUGUUCUGCUUCAGGCGCUCCAACAGGACCAGGGACCCAGACCCGGAUAAGAGUGGCCAGUUCCUGAUGGGUCCGGGGAUUAAAGUCUACAUCGAUCCGUUCACAUACGAGGAUCCUAACGAGGCUGUGAGGGAGUUUGCCAAAGAGAUUGACGUGUCGUUUGUCAAAAUCGAGGAAGUGAUCGGCGCUGGGGAGUUCGGCGAGGUGUGCCGGGGCCGGCUGAGGGUCCCGGGCAGGAAGGAGAGCUGCGUGGCCAUCAAGACCCUGAAGGGCGGAUACACGGAUAAGCAGAGGCGGGACUUCCUGUCCGAGGCCUCCAUCAUGGGCCAGUUCCAGCACCCCAACAUCAUCCACCUGGAGGGAGUGAUCACCGCCUCCUGCCCCGUCAUGAUCCUCACCGAGUACAUGGAGAACGGGGCGCUCGACUCCUUCCUGCGGCUGAAUGAUGGCCAGUUCACUGGGAUCCAGCUGGUAGGGAUGCUGCGUGGGAUCGCCUCAGGGAUGAAGUAUCUCUCGGAGAUGAGCUUCGUGCACCGGGAUCUGGCGGCCCGGAACAUCCUGGUGAACAGUAACCUGGUGUGCAAGGUGUCGGACUUCGGCCUGUCCCGCUUCCUGACGGAGAACUCCUCCGACCCUACCUACACCAGCUCUCUGGGCGGGAAGAUCCCCAUCCGCUGGACGGCUCCUGAAGCCAUCGCCUUCCGCAAGUUCACGUCCGCGUCAGACGUGUGGAGCUACGGCAUCGUCAUGUGGGAGGUGAUGUCGUUCGGAGAGAGACCCUACUGGGACAUGAGCAACCAGGACGUGAUCAACGCCAUCGAGCAGGACUACCGGCUCCCCGCUCCCCCAGAAUGCCCUGCUUCUCUGCACCAGCUGAUGCUGGACUGCUGGCAGAAGGAGAGAUCGUCUCGCCCGCGCUUCUGUGCCAUCGUGUCUGCACUCGACCGGCUGAUCCGACACCCAGCCUCUCUCAAGAUCACCGCGCGCAUCCCCGACGGGCUGUCUCACCCUCUGCUGGAUCUGCGUGCUCCUCCUCUCUCUCUCUGCAGUUCAGUGGGCGAGUGGCUCCGGGCCAUAAAGAUGGAGAGAUACGAGUCGGGGUUCCUGCAGGCCGGAUUCACCUCCAUCGAGCUCAUCUCAGACAUCUGCACCGAGGAUCUUCUGCGGAUCGGCGUGACUCUAGCGGGGCACCAGAAGAAGAUCCUGUCCAGCGCCCAAACGCUCCGGAUCCACAGCGGAUCUCUGCGAUACUGACCCUUCCCAGCAUCCCCUGCUUCUGCUCUUACGGACCAGUC